AUGGAUGAAUUGCGAGUAAAGUCCAACGAUGUGGAGGAGUUGCGGAGGAUAAUUCAAAGGACCAGCCUGCGGAAGGGAUUCGUACAAGAUGUGAAGAGCAACUGGGAAAUCAAAAGUCUCCAGUUCGGAAUUAUGAACAAGGAAGAAAUAAUAAAAUGCUCAGAAGUGAAAAUUUUAAACAGAGAAAUGUACAAAAACAACACAGGUAUUCCCUACCCUUAUGGAGUCUUGGAUCUCAAGUUAGGAGCUCACAAAAGUAACUCUCUGUGUGAAACAUGUAACAAAAAUUUUAUGAACUGUUCAGGUCAUUUUGGAUACAUUGAAUUAAACUACCCACUCUUUCAUGUGGGGUACUACAAGUACAUCAUCUAUAUCCUGUACUGCAUUUGCAAAGUCUGCUCACAUAUUUUACUAACCAAUGAAAAGCUUGAAUUUUAUACGAAUCUGAAAAGACGUGCAUCGGAGGAUAAGUUUUUCAAAAAACACAUUUUUAAGAAAAUCUUAAACAGUUGUAAAAAGGUGACAAAAUGCUACCGUUGUGGAUAUCCUCAAGGAGUGAUAAAAAAAAUUAUAAAACCCAGUUUAGAUCAAUUCAUGAAAUUAAAACAUGUAAUUAAAAUCAAAGAAAAUGGUAAAAUGGUAAUAAAAGAGGAUGAUUUAAAUAGUCUUUACGUUUUAAAUCUCUUCAAAAAUAUGAAUCCUUACCAUGUGAAACUUUUAAAUGUGGAAAAUCCAGAGAAGCUACUCAUAACGGCUUUGUUGGUACCUCCCAACACCAUUAGACCAUCAGUUAUAAUUGAUGAACAUGGUACAGCAGAGGAUGACUUGACUUGUAUUCUAUCAGAAAUCACACAACUUAACAACACCAUUAAUAAUCAGUGCAGUAAUGGUUACCAGACUAAUCAGUUCUUAGGUAAUGUAGAAUUUCUUCAACUUCAGAUUACAAGGUUCAUCAAUAGCGAUUCCCCUGCUGUGUCUCAGUUAUUAGCUACUCAAAAUAUUUCCAAACCAGGUAGAGGAAUCUGUCAGAGGCUGAAAGGAAAAGAAGGUAGAUUCAGAUGUAACUUAUCCGGUAAAAGGGUAGACUUUUCAAGCAGAACUGUCAUUUCACCGGAUCCUAAUAUCUCCAUUGAUGAGGUUGUUAUUCCGGAAAUUAUCGCUAUGAGGCUUACGUACCCGGAGAAGGUUAAUCGGUACAACAUUGAGAGGUUAAAGAAAUUUAUAAAGAACGGAACAAACACAUGGCCUGGAGCAAAUUACAUUAUCAAGAAAGCAUGCAACCAGAGGAUUUCCUCAGGAGGUGUUGGUGCCCCCUCCCAAGGGGAUUCCAUCAUCGAUGUGGUGAAGCGGUACGUCGGUAAAGGAGGGGGGGAUUCCCUCACCACUGGACAGUAUCCCUCUACAGGAGAACUGGCAGAUUCGCGUAGAGGUAACCCCAGCAUCAACAAAAUUAGCCUAAAAUAUGCGAACAAGAAGUUCAUCAUUGAAAACCUCCAAGUGGGGGAUAUCGUGGAAAGGCACCUCGUGGAUGGAGAUAUCGUCUUGUUCAAUCGACAACCAUCUCUCCAUCGAAUGUCUAUCAUGUGUCACAAGGCGAGAGUGAUGAAGUACAAGACCUUUCGAUUCAACGAAUGUGUGUGCUCUCCGUACAAUGCAGAUUUUGAUGGAGACGAAAUGAAUUUACAUGUGCCACAAACGGAGGAGGCAAGAGCAGAGGCUCUAUACCUCAUGAAUGUAAAGCACAAUUUGAUAACUCCAAAAAAUGGAGAAGUUAUGAUUGCCUUGACACAGGAUUUCCUUUCAGCCUCCUAUGUCAUCACAAAUAAGGAUACCUUUCUCGACAGAGACUCCUUCUGUUUACUAUGCUCCUACUUCUCAGAUGCAAAGGUAGACAUAGAAUUACCUGUGCCGGCUAUAUUAAAACCGAAGGAGCUUUGGACGGGAAAGCAGUUGAUAAGCGUCCUUAUAAAGCCAAAUAGGAAGGAAAACACAAUUAUCAAUUUUGAAAUGAAGGAGAGAGAAUAUUCAACAAAAAAUGGAGAUCUCAAAUAUAUGUGUCUGAAUGAUUCCUACGUAUGUUUCUAUAAAUCUGAAUUGAUAUGUGGUUCGUUAGGAAAGAAGGUUUUGGGAUCAUCCAAAUAUGGCUUAUUCUACUACCUUAUCCACCACAACUCUUCUCACGUUGCGGUCAAAGUUAUGAACCGUUUUUCAAAACUGACCAGUAGAUACUUCUCCAACAAAGGAAUGACAAUAGGUAUUGACGAUGUAACUCCAUCGGAGACCCUAAUUCAGAAGAAGAAGGAUCUCCUCCAAGAAGGUUAUGAAAAGGUUAAUAAGGAAAUAGUUCUUUAUAAUGAGAAGAAAAUGCAGAUACAACCGGGAUGUACUUUGGAAGAAACGCUGGAAAUUAAAGUAAAGAAUAUUUUAGAUGAUCUUCGAAACGAUGCAGGAAAGACGUGUAAUCAGUAUUUGGAUCAUUUGAACAAACCACUUAUUAUGUUUAACUCUGGAGCCAAGGGGGCUCUCAUCAACAUCGCUCAAAUGAUUGCUUGUGUUGGACAGCAAAACGUUACUGGCCAGAGAAUUAAAAACGGAUUCAUUAAUAGAACCCUUCCUCAUUUUAACUUCCACUGUAAGGACUCCGAAAGUAGGGGGUUCGUUCAGAACUCCUUCUACUCGGGUCUUAAUCCCACCGAGUUCUUCUUUCAUACUAUGUCUGGAAGAGAAGGGCUUGUGGAUACAGCUGUUAAGACCGCGGAAACAGGCUACAUGCAAAGGAGACUUAUGAAAGCCCUUGAAGACUUGUCCAUCCAUUAUGAUUACUCAGUUCGAUCUUGCGAUAAACAAAUUGUUCAAUUUAUUUACGGGGAUGAUGCACUGAACCCAUCUUAUGUGGACAACAAUAAUUCCUAUGUACAUCAGUUUGAUAAAAUCUUCGAUCACAUUACAUCCAUUUCUUCCAGCAACAUUCUACUGUCAUAUGAGAAGCUCUCCCCUGCUUCGACAACCUGUUCGACAACCUGUUCGACAACCUGUUCGACAAACGCUUCGACAAACGCUUCGACAAGCGGUUCCCCUAUUUCGUGCAUCAUCAACCGAGUCGUUUCCAAAAUGAGCGACCCGGACUCGGUGCCCUUCAUCCCCUUAUCGCACGAUGAGCAUUUUGUGAGAAGGAUCAUGGAGAAACCCGAACUCACCCCCAGGUGGGGAAAUAAAGUAGUAGCACAAGUAGUGGCGGAAGAAGAGGAAGCGACCAAAGGGGGAGAUCCCCCUGAUGUGAAAACUCCUCAUGAUCCACCCGCCACGAUGGAGGGCAAAGUCAAAGUGGAAAUAAGAAACGACCAAUAUGUCGGCACGCAGGAACAGAAACAAUCUAAACGGCAGAAACGGUACAAAGGGAUGAAGCAGACAAAGCAUGGACACCCAGAGGAUGAAGCCGGUGAACAGGCAACUACCCAAAAGAACUGCGUCCUGCCGCCACAGAAACAUCAGUCUAUUGCACGAUUCGUAAAUGAUUAUCGAAACGUAGUUGAGAUAAAGAAGCUGAUGGAUAAGAAUCAGGUCUGCCUGAGGGAGUCGGAAAAAAAACUUGUACGAAGUAUGUACAACCAGAUGAGCAAAAACGUGGUGAAGAAAAUCGAAAUUAUUAACACGGUGUAUCGAUCAGAGAGGGAAAAGGCGCUUAGUACUAAGGAACAGUGUCAAGGAGAGGCGAACGUGAUGGAAGUGAGUUAUGGUGUAGAUGCAAACACCAGUAGUGCAGAUGCACAAGGUGGUUAUAUCCACACUAGGAGGAAGAAAGGGCACGUACAGCCGCACAGCGGGACGAAUGGAAACCGUGAAAGGGAUGAAAUGCCCCGAUUAUACGAAAAUAAGCUGUACAGGCAAAUGAUAAAAAACGUAAUCGCAUUUGUGAGUGUAUUCGAAUACAUCGAAAAGAAGAAACAACACUAUAUACUUCUGCCAUAUGAAGUUAUAGAGUGGACGAAUUUUCUUCUGAACUAUCUACCAGAGUUAAUGCCAACAAACAUAUAUGCUCACACGGAACUAUCUCAAAGAGAAAGUCCAACCCAUCAGGAAAGAACCAAGACGAUGAAUAUCUACAUGAAGGAAAUUAAAAAGUGGUUAAUAGUGAAGGCUAUCAAUAUAUAUAAGUUCUUUAAAUACAAGAAGGGGGUUGAGUUAAUGAGACGGAGUGAUUACCUUGACUUCGUCUGCACACAAACGUAUGAACCAUCUUAUCGAUACCUCUUUUACGAUUAUCCAUUUGUUAACCUAAAGCAGUUGUAUCUGUUCAUUUUUUUUAAUGUCUCAAAAUACUUUAAGUAUAUCUCCUCACCGGGGGAUGCCGUGGGGUCCAUUUCGGCACAGUCCAUUGGGGAACCCGGCACGCAAAUGACACUCAAGACUUUUCACUUUGCAGGCGUGGCCAGCAUGAACAUAACCCUGGGUGUACCACGAAUCAAGGAAAUUAUAAACGCGUCGAGCAAUAUACAGACGCCUAUACUAAAUAUCCCCCUGCAGGUGAAGGACAACUACAACUUUGCCCUAAUGAUGAAGUCAAAGUUGGAGAAAACCACAAUCAGGGAUAUCUGUCUGUAUAUAAAAGAAGAUUACACCAGUCGAGGCAUCUUCCUCUCCGUGAAAUUCAACGAACAACUCAUCCACAACCUAUUCUUAAACAUAAAUGCCUAUACCAUUAAGGAUAUAAUAAUGAGGCAAAGUCACAUUAAUAAAAUUAAGAUAAACAAAAUUGUUGUUGAAGUGGUGAAUGCGUACAAGUUACACAUGUCGUUGAAAAAUGAUGAGUUCUUAUUUUUCCAAAUCGAGUCUCUGAAGAAGGGACUCCUCGACCUCCUCAUUCAUGGAGACAAGGAUAUAAAGCGUUGUAUCAUUAAGAAGGAAGAAGUGGAGGUCACCGAUGAUGAGAUGGAGAUAACAGACGAAAGGGUGGGCGAACUGUCUACUGGAAUGCCUAUCCAUUCGGAAGACCACAAUCCCCCUUCGAAUCACUCCCCUAUUGCCAAUGGGCACGACGCUAAACAUAAUAAAGGAGAAAAGGUAACCGAGAAGGAAUGCUCUGGAAAGAAAACCCCCAAUGAGGAGAAAUUGCGGAACAUCAUGGAAGCCUUUAAAGUACAAAUAAAGGAACAGGUGUUAAAAACGGAUAACCGAGGAAGGGAAGAAGAACCUAUUGUCAACUUAGAUACAAUCAAUAUGGACACGUUAAAUUUAGAAAAAGUAGACCUCAACCAAAUAAGGCAUGAGAAGAUUGACUUUUACGAUAAGCAUGGUAAUCUCUACACUGGAGGAAAUGAUCCGGAAUGUAAAGAAAAAAAAAAAAAAAAAAAAAAAAUUAUUUACUCGAUCCUUGUAGAGGGUAACUCCCUCAAUUACGUCCUGGGGUUGGAAGGAGUAGACUUCAAGCAUAUAAUUUCGAACCAUGUGAUAAAUGUUUUUCAAGUCCUUGGAAUAGAAGCUGCACGAGUAACCAUCAUCAAUGAGAUAAAGAAGUGUGUGGAGGCGUAUAGCAUAGACAUUGAUAUCAGGCACAUCAUGCUCCUGGCGGAUAUCAUGGCCUUCACGGGAGAUAUCCUCGGGAUAAACCGCUUCGGCAUUCAGAAGGCCAGGCACAGCACACUCAUGUUGGCAUCCUUCGAAGAGACCAACGAACACCUCUUCGUUUCCUCUUUCUUUAAAAAUAAGGAUGAAAUAAACAACAUCAGCGAGAGCAUCAUUGUUGGCAAAAAUAUCCCCAUUGGCACGGGAUCCUUCCAGCUUCUCUACGACUACAAAUUCAACCGAGAGGAAAGGAAACUCACUCUUCUGGAAAGGGCGCAACAGGAAAUGGCAUCAGGGAGAGAUGUCGUGAAACUGGCACUACACAAUGGCAAGGGAAGUCAGGGCAAUUGA